GGAGGUUAUUUCGAUUGAUAUUUCUCGAUUAUUGGAUGCUUUGUGAUCAGUUCUUUUAAUAAGUAUAUGUACGUACACCGUUUUCAUCUUCAAAAGUGGUAUUUCUAUAAGCGAGAAAGCGUCCAAUUGUGAAACUCGGAAUUCGCACUUGCGUCCUAUAUAAGGAUGUUAGUAAAUUCAGGUCAAAGACUAAUCUGUCAAGGCUGCCUCACUACUCGAUGUGUGGCCAUUUUCUAUUGCAUGUAGCAGUUGAAAGUUGUUGGUUUGAACGCGAAUUGGAAACAUCGAUUCUUUGCAUAGGCCGCAACGGAGACAGCUGAUUUUCUUUGUUUCGUGUUGAUGCUGGGCAGAGAGCGGAGCGACGCCAUUACGGGAUUUCGGUCGACUAACUGUUUUUCGAAAUUGUGUACGCUUUUUAAGCUUGUUACCUCUUUAGAAUUUAAAAAUUUUCGUGUCAGCAACACAGAAAAAAUAGAAUAUACUUCGAUCGUUGUUAAAAUACUAGAUAAGUUAAUUGACAAGACUAACGUAAGAACAACGUUUAGUGGAAAAGAGAAAGUCAUCCUGCGAGUAGUUCGAUACUUUAUACAAACAUGCAGAUUUUCGUGAAAACCCUGACUGGGAAGACCAUCACCCUCGAGGUUGAGGCUUCCGACACUAUCGAGAAUGUCAAGGCCAAGAUCCAAGAUAAAGAAGGCAUUCCCCCAGACCAGCAGAGGUUGAUCUUCGCUGGCAAGCAGCUCGAGGAUGGACGUACUCUGUCCGACUAUAAUAUUCAAAAAGAAUCUACCCUUCAUCUGGUUCUUCGUCUUAGAGGAGGCAUGCAGAUCUUUGUUAAGACCUUGACCGGCAAGACCAUCACCCUUGAGGUUGAGGCUUCUGACACUAUUGAGAAUGUCAAGGCCAAGAUUCAAGACAAAGAGGGCAUUCCCCCAGACCAGCAGAGGUUGAUCUUCGCUGGUAAGCAGCUCGAGGAUGGACGUACUCUGUCCGACUACAAUAUUCAAAAAGAAUCUACACUUCACUUGGUCUUGCGUUUGAGAGGAGGCAUGCAAAUUUUUGUUAAGACGCUUACUGGCAAAACAAUUACUCUGGAAGUCGAAGCUUCUGAUACGAUUGAGAAUGUCAAGGCUAAAAUUCAAGACAAAGAAGGUAUUCCUCCAGAUCAGCAGAGGCUGAUUUUUGCUGGUAAGCAACUCGAAGAUGGACGCACAUUGUCUGACUACAACAUUCAAAAGGAAUCCACACUUCACCUUGUACUUCGACUUCGCGGUGGUAUGCAGAUCUUCGUUAAGACACUCACGGGUAAAACCAUCACACUUGAAGUCGAGGCUUCCGACACGAUCGAAAAUGUGAAGGCUAAAAUUCAGGACAAAGAGGGAAUCCCACCAGACCAGCAGAGGUUGAUCUUCGCUGGAAAACAAUUAGAGGAUGGUCGCACAUUGUCAGACUAUAACAUUCAAAAAGAAUCCACGCUGCAUCUGGUAUUGCGACUUCGUGGAGGUAUGCAAAUCUUCGUAAAGACUUUGACUGGUAAGACCAUUACCCUUGAAGUUGAAGCCUCCGACACAAUUGAAAACGUAAAGGCUAAGAUCCAAGACAAGGAAGGUAUUCCCCCAGAUCAGCAGCGUUUAAUCUUUGCUGGAAAGCAACUCGAGGAUGGGCGAACUUUGUCCGAUUACAACAUUCAGAAAGAGUCUACUCUCCACUUGGUACUUCGACUUCGUGGAGGUAUGCAGAUCUUCGUCAAGACCUUGACCGGCAAAACCAUCACUUUAGAAGUCGAGGCUUCCGAUACCAUCGAAAACGUCAAAGCCAAGAUUCAGGAUAAGGAAGGUAUCCCUCCAGACCAGCAGAGGUUGAUUUUCGCUGGAAAGCAACUCGAAGAUGGCCGUACUCUGUCCGAUUACAACAUUCAGAAAGAGUCCACUCUUCAUUUGGUCUUGAGACUUAGGGGAGGCAUGCAAAUCUUCGUAAAGACUCUGACUGGUAAGACUAUUACCCUCGAAGUUGAAGCCUCUGACACCAUCGAGAACGUAAAGGCUAAGAUCCAAGACAAGGAAGGUAUUCCCCCGGACCAGCAGCGUUUGAUUUUCGCUGGAAAGCAGCUCGAAGAUGGUCGUACUCUGUCCGACUACAAUAUCCAGAAAGAGUCUACUCUCCACUUGGUACUUCGACUUCGUGGAGGUAUGCAGAUCUUCGUCAAGACCUUGACCGGCAAAACCAUCACUUUAGAAGUCGAGGCUUCCGAUACCAUCGAAAACGUCAAAGCCAAGAUUCAGGAUAAGGAAGGUAUCCCUCCAGACCAGCAGAGGUUGAUUUUCGCUGGAAAGCAACUCGAAGAUGGCCGUACUCUGUCCGAUUACAACAUUCAGAAAGAGUCCACUCUUCAUUUGGUCUUGAGACUUAGGGGAGGCAUGCAAAUCUUCGUAAAGACUCUGACUGGUAAGACUAUUACCCUCGAAGUUGAAGCCUCUGACACCAUCGAGAACGUAAAGGCUAAGAUCCAAGACAAGGAAGGUAUUCCCCCGGACCAGCAGCGUUUGAUUUUCGCUGGAAAGCAGCUCGAAGAUGGUCGUACUCUGUCCGACUACAAUAUCCAGAAAGAGUCUACUCUCCACUUGGUACUUCGACUUCGUGGAGGUAUGCAGAUCUUCGUCAAGACCUUGACCGGCAAAACCAUCACUUUAGAAGUCGAGGCUUCCGAUACCAUCGAAAACGUCAAAGCCAAGAUUCAGGAUAAGGAAGGUAUCCCUCCAGACCAGCAGAGGUUGAUUUUCGCUGGAAAGCAACUCGAAGAUGGCCGUACUCUGUCCGAUUACAACAUUCAGAAAGAGUCCACUCUUCAUUUGGUCUUGAGACUUAGGGGAGGCAUGCAAAUCUUCGUAAAGACUCUGACUGGUAAGACUAUUACCCUCGAAGUUGAAGCCUCUGACACCAUCGAGAACGUAAAGGCUAAGAUCCAAGACAAGGAAGGUAUUCCCCCGGACCAGCAGCGUUUGAUUUUCGCUGGAAAGCAGCUCGAAGAUGGUCGUACUCUGUCCGACUACAAUAUCCAGAAAGAGUCUACUCUCCAUCUGGUACUACGACUUCGUGGCGGUAUGCAGAUCUUCGUGAAGACUUUGACCGGCAAAACCAUCACACUUGAAGUCGAGGCCUCUGAUACGAUCGAAAAUGUCAAGGCUAAAAUCCAGGACAAAGAGGGAAUCCCGCCAGACCAGCAGCGUUUAAUCUUUGCCGGAAAACAAUUGGAAGAUGGUCGUACGCUCUCCGACUACAAUAUCCAGAAAGAGUCGACUCUCCACUUGGUCUUACGUCUUAGGGGUGGAAAUUAAUAUAAACAUACUAAUUCCUAUCAUGUGAUAUUAUUUUAGUUGUACCAAAUGAAAGUUUAUAAAUAAAUUGAAUUUUUUAUUUGCAUCUUAAAAA